AUGCGAGUCCACACCCGUAGCUGAUGAGAGGAUUUGGAAGUGAUUAAGGGCUCGGAAAGAGAGUGAGUAUUUAGAUGAGAGGAUUAAGGGCUCCAAUGGAGUCGACUGGAGAGAGGAUGCUCGAAGCUGAGGAGAGAGUGAGUAGCGCGUAGCCAGAGAUGGGUUUUGGAGUGUGAUAAAGAAGUCUGAUAAAGAAAGUGUUAGAAACGACGUCGUUUCUAAAUUUCGGGGGAUUAGGGGGAAACUUUUUCGAGUUCUCAAACAUUUCCCUUAAAUUAAUUAAAUGUCUGUCCCCAGUCUCUGUCUCUCUCAUAUCUCUUCACUUCUGUAGAUCUUUAUAACCAAGCCUCAACAAUGGAUGAAAACACUUGCUUCCCACCAAUGGAUGAAAACACUUGCUUCCCACCAGACUCAGACCUCGAUCUCAGCUUCACUAGCUGCACCUCCACCACCACCACCACCACCGCCACCGACCGCACAUUCGCCUCUUCCAGCGCCCGCAGCAGCCUCACCCUCAGCUUCAAUGAAUCCCGCCUCUCCACCACCUCCACCUCCGUCGCCGCCCCAUUCCAAUCCCUCCACCGCCGCUCCCACCGCAAAUUGGACCCACAUUGGUCCGCCAUCAAAACCGCCUCCACUCUCUCCUCCGACGGCUCCCUCCACCUCCGCCACCUCAAGCUCCUCCGCCACCUCGGCACCGGCAACCUCGGCCGCGUCUUCCUCUGCCGCCUCCGCGACAACGAUCACUCCAACUUCGCCCUCAAAGUCGUCGAUCGAGAUUCCCUCACCUCCAAAAAACUCUCCCAUAUUCAAACCGAGGCUGAGAUCCUCUCCAUGCUAGACCACCCUUUCCUCCCUACUCUCUACGCCCGCCUCGAAGUCUCUCACUACACCUGUCUCCUCAUCGACUACUGCCCCAACGGUGACCUCCACUCUCUCCUCCGCAAACAGCCCGGUUACCGCCUACCGAUCGAAUCGGUCAGGUUCUUCGCGGCUGAGGUCUUGGUGGCUCUCGAAUACCUCCAUGCUCUCGGCGUCGUUUAUCGAGAUCUGAAGCCUGAGAACGUUUUGCUACGCGACGACGGUCACAUCAUGUUGUCUGAUUUUGACUUGUGCUUUAAAGCAGAUGUGGUCCCCACGCUUCAAAGCCGUAGAGUCGGCGGCGCAACCAGAAGCCGGAGCUGCGGCUGCUUCGUUUACCGGCAACCGGAAGAGGAAAUGGUUGUGAGCGAGUUCGUUGCCGAGCCAACGACGGCGUUUUCGAGAUCUUGCGUUGGGACCCACGAGUACCUGGCGCCGGAGUUAGUUACUGGUAAUGGCCACGGUAACGGCGUUGACUGGUGGGCGUUUGGGGUGUUCGUUUACGAAUUGUUGUACGGGACGACGCCGUUUAAGGGGGGUAGCAAAGAGGCCACCCUGCGCAAUAUAGCGUCGACCAAAGGUGUGAGGUUCCACGUGGCGGAGGGAGAGGAGGACUUGGGAAUGGCCAAGGCUAAGGAUUUGAUAGAGAGGUUGUUGGUGAAGGACCAGAGGAGGCGGCUAGGGUGCGCCAAGGGUGCGACAGAUAUUAAACGUCACCCAUUUUUUAACGGAAUGAAAUGGCCGUUAAUCAGGACUUACAAGCCACCAGAGGUACGUGGGCUUGUUGUGAAGAAGGCUAAGUCGCACGUGAGUCACAUGAACGGGGCAUCAUCGUUCCCCAAGAGACGGCGUUGGAUGUGGAAGGGCCUUAAAAAUUUUAUGAGAAAAAGUUUGGGGUCUAAGCGCAAUUUAGUAGAUUCUAACCAUAACUACUAUUGUUACAGUAAUAUUAGUAGUAAGAUUAUGAAAUCUUCCUGAGACUUCAUUUGUUUUUUUUGUGCUUACUUUGAGUUAUUGUGUAAAAAGAAAAGGUGAGAGAAAAUACAAGUUUUGGAGGACUUUUUUAGUUUUAGUUUUUGAUUUUGUUUUGAGAGAGAAUUGACAGUUCAUGUAAAUGAAAAGAAAUUAAGAAAAUGAAGUUUAAUAUUGAAAUAAUACUGAUCUGUAUUUUUCUGAAAA